GCAGCUGCUGGCCUAGGCCACAGCCACAGCCACACCAGAGCCAAGCCACAUCUGCCACCAACAUCACAGCUCACGGCAACACUGAAUUCUCAGCCCACUGAGUGAAGCCAGGGAUCGAACCCGCAACAUCAUGGAUACUAGUUGGGAUCUUAACCCACUGAGCCACAACAGGAACUGCAAGUAGGAUCUUUUUAAUGCUCUCCCUCCCUUGCUGGGACUUGAACAUUAGAUCAAAUACUCGGAGGAGGACUGGGGACGUCCCACUUUUCACGUUAAGUAUGCGGAAGUGGGGGAUACGGGGGUGUAACACCUUCCCCAAGAACAGGUGGAGGGGUGUGGUCCUGGGACGGACAGUCCUGCCAGUUUGGGCACAAACCCACACUCUGCUUGUCCCAGAGGCGGAGAAAGAGGCUCCUCCCUCAGGGGGCUCACCUGGAGGGGAGCUCAGCCUCACCUGAGCAUUGGAGCAUCUGCUGGAAGUGCGGCCCUGCCUCUGUCUCCUGCGCAGGAAGCCGGGAGAGGAGGGCACAAGCUCUUCCCCUUUGUGUGAGGCGCUGAGUGUGGAAACCCCAAGUUGGGCCCCCGGGCAGCACAUCCUCUUCUCUUGUGUCAUCAGGCAGGCUCUGUCCUUCCCCCAUAAUCUCUCCAGGACGAGCACCGGCUGCAGGGGCUGGGCCAUGGCCCCCCAUCCCACCACCCUCCUGUGCUUCGGCUCCUCCAGCCCCCUUGGCCACAGCCCCGCGAGGAAAGGCGCAGUGGGCGUUUUUCUCACUAGAACUUGCCUUGCAGCGCUCUGUCUGGGCCAGACGAUCCGCACGUGCCGAGGGGCCCUGCCCAGACCCUCCAUCAGAGCUGAGCCAGGCCCUGUGGUCCCCUGGGGACAGCCUGUGACCAUCGUGUGCCAGGGCCCUGCUGGGGCUGAGACAUUCCGCCUGCAGUACAAGGAGAAUAUGCAUAAGUACAAGGAUGAGAGUAACACGAUUCAAAUUGGUCCACACCAGACAGCGGCCAGGUUCCCCAUCGCUGCUGUAAGUGAAGACACUGUCCGGCAUUAUCAGUGCCUCUAUCAUCAAAGUGGCAUUUGGUCUGAGUCCAGUGAGACCUUGAAGCUGGUGUUGACAGGACCCCCUGGGGAUUUCAGCUCCCCCCACACGGAGCCCUCCUCCUCAGCUGGAGACACAUGGACGCAUUCACAGGAUGGAAACAAUCCCGGCCCGUGGACAGAGCAUGUUUACAUUCUCAUCGGGGUCUCUGCAGCCUUUCUCCUUUGUCUCCUCCUCUUGGUCCUCCUCCUCCUCCAGCGCUGGCAUCAGAGGAAACGGGGGCCCCCCAGAAACAAAGGCAAGGAGCCAGAGCCCCAGGAGAGGCUCAGCCCAGCUGUUGACGUCCUAGAUGGGACACCAGACCCGGCCACUGUCCACAGACUUCCUGAGAAGGACAGAGAGACGGAAGCUUCGACCCCUGCUGACCUGCAGGAGGUGACAUAUGCCCAGCUGGACCACCGGACCCUCACACAGAGGGCAGCCAGAGCUGUGACCCCACCAUCCACAGAGCCUGCAGCCGAGUCCAGCACAUACGCAGCCAUCUCCAGACACUGACCCCAAGCCCCCCUGGCCUCUGUAGCAAAGACACUGCGAGUCACUCUUGCAAAAGCCUGAGGUGGCUAUUUGGAGGGUUUUGCCCUUUCUGGACAGUCAUCCUGUCAGGUCUCCUGGAGGCAAGAGCUGGAGUCCCCACAGCCCUGAUCGUCAUCUAGAAGAUUCAGCAGCCAUGUGGUCCCUCCCACAGUCAACUAGCUCCUUGGAGAGAAUGUGUAGCACCUGUUUCUAGAGACCCAGCUGGGGUCUCUUGGCUGUUUCCAGAGACCCAGCGGUGGCCCUACAGUCACCCAGCUGAUUCCAGACGUGUCCUAUGAAUCCCCCCCUGUCCCCGGAGAUCCAUUUUAACUGUCCUCUCAGCUGACUUGAUGAAAUUCCCAGACUUCAGCUGUUGACCUUGACCCUGGGCUGUACUUAUGCAGCCAAAAGCACAGACCACGUCUUCUGGAACAUGCUUCACCUUGUUCCGCAAUAAUAAAUGUUCCCACAGGCCCAACUGC